AUGCUUUCCAACUCGGGGGGCUUGCGAGCUCCAGCUCCGCUCUUGGCCACCUGGGAAGGGAAGUCCCGGCAGUCGGACGCACAGGAGCACGUCCCCUUAACGCCAGUUAAGUGGGGACUUCAGUGCCUCGUCCUUGGGGAGCCUGGGACUCCCAUCCCACCCGCCUCCACCUUGCGUGAUUGUCGGCUGCAUCCUGCCGGCUUGCUGGUCCUGUCCGAUGCCAAGGGCUUUUCUGUUUCGCAGAUGGGGCGGAGGCUUGCAGGGGCAGAGUGCUGCCAUGCUUAUUGUGUGGAGCAUGCCGUCUCUGAUUCUCCGAGUGCGUCUGGGUUUUCCAGGGGACCACACCUCGCUCGGCAAGCCAGGUGCCGGGGUUUGGACGUGCUGCUGAAUAUUGUGUUACGGCAUCACAGGUGUGUGUUUUUCUGUGGGGCUGAAGGGCUUUCCACCCCCCUCUUUGUUUUUCAGGACGCGCAAGAGAAGGAAACCGUCACCCCUGAGAGAGCAGAAGAGGCAAAACUGAAGGCCAAAUACCCCAACCUAGGCCAGAAGCCCGGAGGCUCCGACUUCCUCAUGAAGAGACUGCAGAAAGGGCAAAAAUACUUUGAUUCUGGUGACUACAACAUGGCCAAGGCAAAGAUGAAGAACAAGCAGUUGCCGAGUGCGGGGCCAGACAAGAACCUGGUGACAGGAGACCACAUCCCCACGCCGCAGGACCUCCCGCAGAGAAAAUCCUCGCUUGUAACCAGCAAGCUGGCAGGGUAGCCUGCGCUCACAGGCUGGGUUUUUUCCUAUUUUCUUUUUUUUCUUUUGGCUAAAUGGAUUGAACUUCACUGUACCAUAGGGACGGGAGCACCAGAAUCCACAUAGUUAUUUGAGUAUUUACAGUGAACACACACCAAAACUGAGAAGGCGAGCGAGAGGUGUCAGUAGCCCGGGAUGCACAGGCAGAUUUGAUUGGGCCGUUCCUUUUAGCGAGUCGGUUUGCUGCCUUAAUUUUCAUGCUGUUUGAGACCAUCCUCACUUGCAGAGCCACUGAAGCGCUGCCUCCUCACUGGGAGAGUCGAGCGGCCCCGGGAGAAGCAGGAAAGUGCUCAGAGGAGUUGCUGUUUGCUUGGCACCAGGUAGGAGGGGAGAGCUUGGAGCUGUGGUGUGUGAAUGCUUUUCAGGCGUCGGGUGUCUGCAGAGGAAGACUCGGCUGGGCAAAAGGUGCGAUACAUGAUCUGGAAGUUUAGUUAGGUGUGCGUGUGUUAGAGCUUCUAAGUGAAGAAAUUAGCUGAUACAAAAAAUUACGUGGCUGCGUUGCUGGGCUGAGCUGCCUGGGGUCUGUCCCCUGCUUGCACAAAGCAGCUGAGCUCACAGGAGGGAAUGACGCAUCCAACGGCUGCAGGAGAGUGGCAGGGAAGUGUUUGAAACAGUCCUCGUGGCUUGGAGCUGUGAUGAGGUGUUUGCUGUUUCGGGGCUAGAGCCCCACCACACCUGCAUCCGAGUGUGGCUGUGACGGUGGGGCACGGCGUGAGGCUCACAGCUGCCCCAGAGGGUUUGGGGACAGUUUCUCUCCCUGGUCAGUUCUGGCCAGCGAGGCUGUCUGCCUUGGCAGGGGUGAGAGACGGCUCCUCUCCCGGCUGCCGGGUAGGCAGCGGAAGGUGGUGAGCUGAAUCCCACCAGCAGCAGGGCGCUUGGGACACAGGAGCGAGUGGCCAGGCAGGCAGGCAGAGCCCUGUCUGGUCGCAUACAGCCCCUGCCUGAUGCCCAGACUUUGGCGCUCGCAAAGCGGGGGUCGGCAGCAGCCGGUGAGGCAGAUGUGAGCUGUUGGAGCCGAUCUCCGGAGGGAGAGAGGCAGGACUGGGAAUAACCACCCUGGAAGGGAAGAAAGCACCGGAGGCAGAGAGCAUGGAGAUUAGGAAGAGAAGAGCGUAGAGGCAAAUCUGUUUUGACAGUGUCAGGCACCCCAAGCUUGGAUUUCUUUCUUUUUUCUCCCUUUUUUUUCUUCUUGCCUUUUCUUGUUUCCAGGCCUGGGUAGGGGGGGAACCCCAAAAAAACAAAACAAAAGGUUGGUGUGAUGGCUGCAGCCUGCAGAUCGACAUACAUGCAUCGAUAUAUUGUGUGAUCGGUGCAUAUACUGUCCGCUCCUCACACAGCGGAGAUGAAGCGGCCUCCCGUCCUGUGCAGCGGAAGGUCUCGGCAUGCCAGGGCAGCACUAAACCUGCCCGGUUAAGGCCCAGUUUUGAAGGCAUGUGGGCAAAAGGAAGCCGAGUGGACUUUUUUGGGGGUUUUUUGUUUGGUUUUUUUAGGGGUUCCCGUCAGGUCAGGGGAAUCCAAGGCAGGGCACGGCUUUCCUUACGUGCGUUCUUGGCCGGCUGGCGCAGGCUUUCCUGAGAACCUGGUUUACUCAUUGCGCUUGCCUGCCGCUGGCUGGAGCGAGGAACACGGUGUUGCUUCCCGGGAGAGUGCCGAGGGUGUGCUCAAAUGCUUGUGUCUGCCUUCAGGUGGCUUGGAGUAAGCCAGCCGCGGCUCCGCUCAUCAGGGCACUCCGAGCAAGGGGCUCCGUUGCCAGCCCCGUGGCUGCGGAGGACAGUUUUCUGUUUGCGGAGCGGGUAAGGAGCGUAGCGGGAUUGGGGGCUGCCCACUUGUAACCAUGGGUCCGUGCUUCGGUCUCUGUCACCUUUCCAGACCCUGUUUGACCUGGCCGGGGCGGCGCCGGCAGUGUCUGUGCAACCUCCUUGGAUGUUCUGCUGUCCCAGCCAUGUUGUAAAUAGAUAUGAAUCAUAUAUAUAAAAAUAUAUAUAAUUUUUUACAUGU